CGACGAGCUUUCCUGAAGGCACUUAUUUAAAACAAAAGCGUUUGACAACAUCCUGAACGUUGAGCUGUGAAGAGCAAGAAAACAUUGCGGACUGUUGGGUCUUUAUUUGCUAUUAUAAACAAGUUUACUACAGUUUUGUUGCAUUAAAUCCAGAUAUAUAAUCAUGGGUGACGAUAGCGAGUGGAUGAAGUUACCAGUCGAUCAGAAAUGUGAACAUAAGGUAUGGAAGGCCAGGUUAACCGGUUAUGAGGAGGCUUUGAAGCUAUUUCAGAGGAUUGAUGAUGAAAAAAGUCCCGAAUGGGGGAAGUUCCUGGGACUCAUCAAGAAAUUUGUGACUGAGUCCAACGCGGUCGCCCAGCUGAAGGGACUGGAAGCUGCCCUGGCUUUUGUAGAGCGUGCACAUGUAGCCAACAGAACGGUGGGAGAGGUGGUGAAUGGUGUGGUGUCCAAAGUGUUUAAUCAGCCCAAGGCCCGUGCGAAAGAGCUAGGCUCAGAUAUCUGCCUCAUGUACAUUGAAAUAGAGAAGGCAGAAAUUGUACAGGAAGAACUCAUCAAGGGCCUUGAUAACAAGAACCCCAAGAUCGUUUUGGCUUGUGUAGAAACCAUACACAGAGCACUCAGUGAAUUUGGAGCCAAGACCUUUAGUGUGAAGUCCAUAGUGAAACUUUUGCCAAAGCUAUUUGAAUCCCGAGAGAAGCCGGUGAGAGAUGAAGCUAAACUGUUGGCUGUAGAGGUCUACAAAUGGAUAAGAGAUGCCUUGCGGCCUUCGCUUCAGAACAUCAACACUGUACAGUUAAAGGAACUGGAAGAGGAAUGGGCUAAAGUGCCAUCAGGGGCCCCCAGACAGAGCCGCUUCCUUCGAUCUCAGCAGGACUUGCGAGCCAAAUAUGAACAGCAACAACAGCAGGCUGAAUCAGAGGUGGACCCAGCUGAUGAUGAAAGUGAGGAGAUGGCCCAGCAGGUGGACCCCUAUGAACUCUUGGAGCCAGUGGAGAUUCUUUCCAAAAUGCCCAAAGAUUUCUAUGAAAAAACUGAAGCAAAAAAAUGGCAGGAGAGAAAAGAAGCUCUUGAGGCUUUGGAUGCACUUACUAAAAAUCCCAAACUAGAGGCAGGAGACUAUGGGGAUUUAGUGCGAGCACUGAAGAAGGUGAUUGGUAAAGACACCAACGUCAUGUUGGUAUCUCUAGCAGCUAAAUGCCUUGCUGGGUUGGCAUCGGGUCUACGGAAGAAGUUUGGGACAUAUGCUGGCCAUGUGGUGCCAACUAUUUUGGAGAAAUUUAAGGAGAAGAAGGCACAGGUGGUACAGGCUCUGGCAGAAGCUAUUGAUGCAGUAUUUCUAACAACUACUCUGCAAAACCUGAGUGAGGAUAUUCUGGCUGUGAUGGACAACAAAAAUCCCUCUAUAAAGCAACAGGCCUCCCUGUUCCUGGCCAGGAGUAUUCGUCUCUCCACCCCCUCGGCCUUGCCAAAGACCCUGGUCAAGCCCCUCUGUUGUGCCUUACUUAAGCAAGUAAAUGAUUCUGCUCCUGAGGUGCGUGAAGCUGCUUUCGAGGUUCUAGCAAGCAUGAUGAAGGUUGUUGGAGAGAGGGCUAUCAACCCCUUCUUGACUGACCUUGAUAAAGCCAAGCUUGAUAAGAUAAAAGAGAUUGCAGACAAGAUAGCACUGGCUGGAGGGAAGAAAGGCCCAGAAAAAGAGAAGUCUGCCCCAAAUGUACAGCCUGCCCCUGAGGCUCCAGCCAAGCCUUCUGGGCCUCCCAAAAAGGCUGCUGUGGCUAAGGUGGCUGGAGUUCCUAAAAAAGCCAAGCCAGUAACAGCUGGUGGCAAGCAACAGGGAGGGAAGAGUAAGAAUGCAGCAGAGACCAAAGAAGUGACAGAAACAGAGCUGUCUAUGGAGGUGUGUGAAGAGAAGGCUGCUGCUGUCCUCCCUGCCACCUGUAUUAAGCAGCUAGACAGUGCCAACUGGAAGGAGAGGCUAGCUGGCAUGGAGGAGUUCCUUAAGGCCGUGGAACUGAUGGACAAAAAUGAAAUACCCUGUCAGGCUCUGGUCCGCAUGCUUGCCAAGAAACCAGGCUGGAAGGAGACCAACUUCCAGGUAAUGCAGUUAAAGUUGCAGGCACUGGCACUGGUCGCACAGAAGGGCAGGUUCUCUAAGACAUCUGCGUCUUUGGUCCUGGAUGCUCUGGUGGACAAGGUUGGAGAUGUGAAGUGUGGAGGGAAGGCCAAAGAAGCCCUGACUGCCAUCGGGGAGGCCUGCUCUCUGCCCUGGACUGCUGAGCAGGUUGUUUCAAUGGCCUUUACCCAGAAGAACCCUAAGAAUCAAGCAGAAACACUGAGCUGGUUGUCCAAUGCCGUAAAGGAGUUCGGUUUUGCGGGAAUAAAUGUGAAAGCUUUUAUCACCCAUGUCAAGACUGCUUUGGGAGCCACCAAUCCUGCUGUGCGAACAGCAGCCAUUUGUCUGCUGGGUGUUAUGUACCUCUACAUGGGAGCUCCACUGCGGAUGUUCUUUGAGGAUGAGAAGGCAGCCUUGCUAUCCCAGAUUGAUGCCGAGUUCCAGAAGAUGCAGGGCCAGACCCCUCCUGCUCCUACCAGAGGCUCCAAUAAGAGGUCAGAGGAUCAGGAGAAAGGAGAGAACCCCGAGGAACAGGAGGAGGAAGGUUCAGCAGAUGUCGUGGAUCUGCUGCCCCGUGUUGACAUCAGUGAUAAGAUCACAGAGGAGAUGGUGGCUAAGAUUGGGGAUAAAAAUUGGAAGAUUCGGAAAGAAGGUUUGGAUGAGAUGGCUGCAGUCAUUUCAGACGCAAAAUUCAUCAAGCCCACAGUAGGAAACCUCCCCAUAGCACUCAAGGCUCGCCUUGGGGACUCCAACAAGAUCCUGGUCCAACAAACCCUGUCCAUCCUUAAGCAGUUAGCCACAGCCAUGGGUCCUGGGCUCAAACAGCAUGUCAAGUCUCUGGGCAUACCGGUCAUCACAGUCCUGGGAGACAGCAAGAACACAGUUCGUGCUGCAGCACUGGCCACCCUGUCAGCCUGGGUGGAGCAGACUGGGAUGAAGGAGUGGCUGGAGGGAGAGGAGCUCUCUGAGGAGUUGCAGAGAGAGAAUGCUUUCCUGAGACAGGAGUUACUUGGCUGGCUAACAGAGCACUUAACCACUCUGCGCUCAGUGCCCUCUGACAUGCUGCUAUGUGUGGCUCCACUGUAUGCCUGCCUUGAAGACCGAAAUGGAGAUGUGAGAAAGAAGGCCCAAGACGCCCUGCCCAUUUUUAUGACUCACCUGGGGUUUGAUAAAAUGAAGAAAACAGCAGGGAAGCUAAAGCCUGGAUCUAAAGACCAGGUGGUAGCCCUGUUGGAAAAGGCCAGAUCCAUCAUGCCAGCCAAACCUCCUGCCAAAGCUGCCCCUGCCAAACCUGCUGCCAUCACUCCUCCUGCCAAUCUUUCCGCAGCAGCCCCAGCUGAAGCCUCAACAGUUCAUUUGGAAGCUGUUGAAGACAAAUGUGAGGCCAAAAAUGCCAAGGCAGGGUCUGCACCAAAAGCAAAAAGUGCGGCAACAGGCAAGAAGCCCUCUGGGAAGGGAAAAGAUGAAGAGGACAGAUCUGGUCCCCUUUUCAUUCUCCCCAGUAGGAAGGAUCUGCGCACCAAAGAGGAGAAGAGCUUGAAGGUUCUCAAGUGGAACUUUUCUUCACCCCGCAUUGAAUAUAUCGAGCAGCUGAAGACUCAGAUGGCUCCCUGUGUUGCCAAGUGGCUACAGGAGGAACUCUUCCAUCCUGACUUCCAGCAUCACAUCAAAGCCAUCAGUGCCAUGAUUGAGUGCCUUGAAGCCGAGAAGGACGGUGUUGUGUCCUGCCUGGAUCUGAUCCUCAAGUGGUUCACGUUGCGCUUCUUUGACACAAACACCAGUGUGCUGAUGAAGGCCCUGGAAUUCCUCAAACUCCUCUUCCUCUCCCUUGACAAGCAGGACUAUCAACUCAGCGAUCUGGAGGCCAGCUCCUUCAUACCCUACCUCAUCCUCAAGAUGGGAGAGUCCAAGGAUGUGGUGAGGAAGGAUGUACGAGCCAUAAUGGACAUGCUGUGUAAGGUUUACCCAGCCAGCAAAAUCUUUCCCUUUGUCAUGGAGGGAACUAAGACGAAGAACUCCAAACAAAGAGCUGAGUGUCUGGAGGAGCUAGGCUGUCUCAUUUCUCUCUGCGGCCUUUUAGUCUGCCAGCCGACACCAGCCAAAGCGCUCAAGGAGAUUGCUGUGCACAUUGGUGACAGAGACACCUCAGUUCGCAACGCAGCUCUCAACACUAUAGUGGUAGUCUACAACAAGUGUGGAGACCAGGUCUACAAGCUAAUUGGCAAUCUGUCAGACAAGGACAUGAGCAUGCUGGAGGAGAGGAUCAAACGUUCAGGAAAGGAAAUGGCCCCACCCUCCAAACAGGUGGAGGAAAAAAUACCAAGAGUGCCUCCUUCCCAAGCCAAUGCCAGCCUACUGCGCAAACCAUCCAGCAAUGAGCCUGCGCCCAGCAAACUCUGGCAGCUCCAUGCCCAAACGUCCCUGGCAGCCCAGCCACAGGGGCCAUCACUGGUCACACCCGAGUUCAGCCUGGAUGUUGCCCUACUGGAAAAUGACCUGGCUCCCAUCUGUGAGCUACCUGACCUGGUGCAGCACAAACUGGAGGACUUGGAGCCUGUAGCCUUCCCUGAGCCAAAGACACGCCCACUUCCAGCUCCCUUUGAUCUCCCAAGUCCCACCACCACCAUCAACUUGGUAAUAUCCAAGAUUGCUUGUGGGGACCUCAACAUCAGCAUGCAGGCCCUUACACAGAUGGAUGACGUGUUUCGCCAACGCAGCAGUCCUGAUGCGAUGGUGAACAAUAUCAACCAGUUCCUCAUUGCCACUGUGCUUCAGCUACGCCUCAUCAACAGCACGCACAUGGCUGAUCAACGUGUACCUAAGGAAGACAUCUCCAAGCUCUAUAGCUGCAUCGUCGGCAGCAUAAUGACUAUGCUAGGAGUUGAGGUUUUUGCUCGGGAGGCCUCAUCGGGUGUGCUGAAGGACCUAAUCGAGGGCUUGCUGACUGUGAUACUGGACCCCAGAGUGGAGGAUCUACAAGAUGGUCGGCAGAUCAUUUGCUCCAUUAACAUACUGCUAGGAAAACUCUUUGAGAAAGGCGAGCAGACCAACCUACUCAGUUCUCUGCUGGUGCUGCUACAAGACACCCUGUCCUCCUCUGUAUGCUCCAAGUUCUCAGAUAUUGUCAUGAAGUGCCUAUGGAGGAUGAUCAGAUUCCUCCCAGAGACAAUUGCUAGUGUGAACCUUGACAGGAUCCUGUUGGACAUCCACAACUUCAUGAAGGUGUUCCCCAGAGAGAGGCUGCACAAGCUCCCAAAUGACAUGGCCCACCGCACACUCAAGACACUGUUACACACUCUGUGCCGCCUCACUGGGCCCAAGAUCUUGGACCACCUCACUCUGGUGGAGAACAGGAAGGAGUCUGAGCUUGAGGCCCAUCUGAAGAAGGUGAUAAAGUCAUCAGCAGCUAAAUUGAGCAGGGACCAAGAAAAUGUGGUGCUCAAUGGAAAAGAGAGAGAAGAGUUGAUGGAAAUCUUGAAGAAGGUCUCAGCCAAAGAGUGUGGCAAACAGGAUCUAAUAGAGCUUUGGGACUACAAGCAGAAGCAUCCUGACGUAGACCUGAACUAUUUCCUGCGGAAGUUGUCUCCAUCUGCUCGGGCCUCCGUAGAACGUGGCCUUAUCACAAUCAGAACAGAGAGAGAAGGCAAAGCCAACAUGCAGCCUCCUACAACAGGAGUGUCCAUUGCCCUCCCCACCGGCUCAGAGGAACUAAAACCAUCCGUCUUUAGGGAGAGACUCAAGGCUUUCCGCCAACUCAAUGGCCUGGAUAACAAAGACACACUUACUAGCACAGGAGUCUUUGCCAGUAAUAUCAACCUUGACAAUCAGGACCUGAAGCCAUCCGUCUUCCAAGAGAAGCUAAAGAUGUUGCGACAGAUGCAUGGCCUGGAGAACAAAAUUAAGCAAACAGAGACUGCGGAGCCUCCCCCGCUGUCCAUGCCUCCUGGUAAUCCCUCAUCCAAGGAUGUGGUCCACAGCGACCUCCCUAUUAUUUUCCACAACCAGCAGGCACUGCGACAGAGCCCCUCCCGGCCAGCCAACCCCGCCCCCACCUCCACUAUCACCUUAGAUGACCUGAGGAAGCGACUUGAAAGGAUUAAGAACAAUCGCUGAAUAUCCACUUCUAAACCUACCUACAGCUUCCUAAUAACUGCCCCUGCAAUUACACAGAUUUACUUAAAAACUAUACCUUGUACAGUUUUCCCAUGUUCUCUGACUAGUUGCCAUGACCAUUUUGCUCCCUGUUUGUGUCUGUUUUUUCUUUUGAUUUCUUAUUAAAGAAGUUUUAAUUUGUUUUCUGUUUUUACAUGUCUGUCUCAAGUGUUUGUCUUAUCACUGUAAAAUAUUUUAACAACUUUUACAUUCUAUUGUCUUUAUUAAAUAAAAUUGCAAUUUUACAUGAA